GUUGCCGUAGCAACCAGGCUACCGGGGAUGCGGCGGCGGGGCCUCCAAGCCAGAGGCUACCCCAGCCCCUGGGCUCUUCACGAGCCUUGCUCGCUGCCGGCACCAUGUCAGUGCGGACGCUACCGCUGCUUUUCUUGAACUUGGGAGGGGAAAUGCUUUACAUCCUGGACCAACGACUGCGAGCUCAGAACAUCCCCGGAGACAAGGCCCGAAAAGAUGAAUGGACAGAGGUGGACAGAAAACGAGUUCUAAAUGACAUCAUCUCAACCAUGUUCAAUCGAAAGUUUAUGGAGGAAUUGUUCAAACCCCAAGAGCUCUACUCCAAGAAGGCCCUGAGGACUGUCUAUGACCGCCUGGCUCAUGCCUCCAUUAUGAGACUGAACCAGGCCAGUAUGGAUAAGGAUGUGUUGCUGGUCACUUUCAAUCACUUAGAUGCCAUCAAGGGAUUCAUCCGAGACUCCCCAACCAUCCUGCAUCAAGUGGAUGAGACUUUCCGGCAGCUGACUGAAACAUACGGAGGUCUCUCUGCAGGGGAGUUCCAGCUGAUCCGGCAGACACUUCUCAUCUUCUUCCAGGACCUGCACAUCCGGGUGUCCAUAUUUCUAAAGGACCGAGUUCAGAAUUCUAGUGGUCGCUUUGUGUUGCCAGUGUCUGGGCCUGUUCCCUGGGGAACUGAAGUUCCUGGACUCAUCAGAAUGUUCAACAACAAAGGCGAAGAGGUGAAGAAUGUAGAAUUCAAGCAUGGUGGAAACUAUGUCACUGCAUCAAAAGAAGGUUCUUUUGAACUUUAUGGAGACCGAGGCCUGAAACUGGGAACUAAUAUGUACAGUGCAAACCGGUCUGUGGAAACCCAUAUGUCUGGAGCAUCAAAGAACUUAGCUUCACAGACACAGGAAAGCAUUGCUCCAAACCCUCUUGCUAAAGAAGAGCUGAAUUUCCUGGCCAGGCUGAUGGGAGGGAUGGAGAUUCAGAAACCCAGUGGCUGGGAGCCAGGAUUCCGGUUGAAUCUCUUCACUACUGAUGAAGAGGAGGAGCAAGCAGCACUAACCAGACCAGAAGAGUUAUCCUAUGAAGUCAUCAACAUACAGGCCACUCAGGACCAGCAAAGGAACGAGGCACUGGCUCGUAUCAUGGGGGAGCUUGAGAUCACGGACCAGCCUAGGCAGAGUGCCAGCAAGGGGGAUGAUUUGCUGGCCAUGAUGGAUGAGUUAUAGCUGUGCUGACCAGGCACACCCACCCUCAUGGGAGAGGCUGCUUGACGACCCCAGGGGACGCCCCUGAGAGAAAAUGCUGCUGCUAGUUUUCUACGGAGCGAGCGGAGCCGUUACCUCUUGUUCCUGUUUACGUUGUAGCAAGCUGCGCGAGUCUUCCUCAGGGAGCAUGCUCUCUGGAAGGCACACCCAGAAACAUACUGUCAGCAAAAUACACUCUGGCUUUUAAAUUGCACCUUUCCCAUUUUCUUUCCACUUCAAUGGCAAGCAAGCAGCCAAAGCCUUCAAGGUUAGAGGUUUAAGCCCCAGAGUCAGGAAGGGGGCAUGUCUGUUGAGCUUUUAGUUGUAGCUUUUCUCUAGGGACCUACAGAUGCCAAUGAAUCGCCAAGACGCUCCGAGCUUUCUAGAAUGUAUUUGGCCUUGUUAGUGAGUUUGAAAUAAGUGGAGAAGACAGUUGCCUCAAACACCUGGGGCCCAGUUUACACAGCCCUCCUCUCCCUGGCACAUUGGGAACUGUAACCUCAGAGGCAGGGUGAGCAGGGCCAUCACAGGGAACGCUCAGCUGGUCCCCCACGGAGCAUGCGGGUGUCUGUAGUUCUCUGCACAUCUCUCCAUGUGGCGGCUCUUCAUCCCAUAUGGAAAUAUGUACUUGCUUCUCAACAUGAUACAUACUCCUUACCUCCAGAGGCUCCCUCUGCCACUUACUGUUCUUGCCCUCUAAGGACCCAGCAUGAUGUGCCAUGGCGCCUGCCUCCUCUGCUUCAACAUCAAUAGCCAGGCAGAGCCUCAGGUUGGAUACAGGGGAGGCACACGUGGUGCUCCACUUUCCCUUCUGUGUACCAGGUGAGUUACUUCUCUUGGCAGGAGUAUCUCAGGCCAGGGCCGUCCUAAUUGCUUCAAGAGAGAGCAUCAGCCCUCUGUCACAUGCCCAUCCUGGACAAGUAACUGGCAGGCUCAGGGCCAGCCAGUGCUCAACAGUCAAGGUCUGUUCAUUCCUAAAGAAAAAAUACACAGAAUGGCAGAGGGUAGGAGAGAAACUGAGCUGAGCUGGUCAUCACCUGAAAUUGAGCCAACCCUGGGACCCUUGGGCCCCUCGCACCUUGGCAAGAGUAGAGCAAACAUACUUCUGCAAUAGGAGGGCCGGGGAAGCUGUCCUUUAGCUUGCCCAAGGAGUAGGGUUUGGUUGCAUAAAGUCAAAUAAAAUAAACUGAAGUUGCUUCCAACCCAUGAACAUUACACUCCCUUACUUAGAAAAGCCCCCAAAAGGCCCACUGGGGAGGAGAAGCAUAUGAUGCUUUAAACCAUUACAGGCAGACAAACUGCUCUCAGUUUUAGUCUCUUUUAAGCAAUCUGGUCACCAGCUGGGGUGGCCUGACUCCGUGACAGACAAAGAGGAGGGUUCUGUCCUGUUCUGAGUCUGGCUCCCACCACACUGCUACUGACCCGAAUUCCACUGUCUUCUCCAAGCGUGUCCUGGAACCUUGGAGGAGGGCCACGAGCUGCUGAGAAGCUCUUCUUCCCUCUACCUACCCCAGAGUGAUACUGA